UCGGAACAAGGCCCCCGGCUCCCGUCAGUAAUUCUGCUCAGUUAUGGUCCCACCCCGGAUUCAAGGAGCCUGGAAGAUGAGAGGCUCAAAGCGAAGACCCCGCUCCAAGCCCAAACUGGAGCUUUCCGGCAUUUCUGUACUCUGGUACUCAGUAUCCAAGGCUGACGUCUGGCAAGGGAAAGCAAAGACUCUCUCCACGUGUUGCUUGUUUCGAACUCGGAGCCUUGCACCCUGUCGAAGUGUUCCAACUUUACCUCAAGUCACGCCGCGAUGUCCUCCCCACAGUCCCCAAGACCAGCAAGUGGUUUUGGGAGAAUUGCGUCCAUGCCUUCAUCUCCCAUCUCUGAUUUUAAAGGCGGUCUGGUGAGAAGCUCAACCAUGAGUACCACAAUGUCGGGCAGUUCAUACAAGGCUACUGAGUCUUCGAGAGGUCAAUUUCAGGAUCAGCUUAAUGCGAUGGCUGUUGGGCUCGGGAUCCCAUUGACACUUCCACGGUCAAUGCUCUCCCUUCCGAAUCAACGGGCUGUCCCUGUCUAUCCCAGUGACAAGGCAGGAGCUGAAGAGUUCUUGAUGUCGCAACGGCCGAAAAGAUUUCUGCUUGGGAAAAAUUCGAAGGGAUUCGCCAGUGAUGAAGUUUUGCUAGGGCUGGACAAAGCUCUGGGAGGACGAGCAUCUCCCCUUAUCAUCGAAGGCCUACUCCAGCUUGCGGAAACUGCUGGUGCUGGUGCUGGUGCUACAGCCUCUGGGGGUACUUUUACUGCGAAUAAGAAGGGACAGGCGAUACCAACACUCGCUUAUCUCUUUACCAAGGCAGAACACUCCCAGCCGCCUGCUAUCUGGCGAUUGUUUCUUAGCCGAGUCCCGCAAAGAUCUCUCGAUGCAUCACUUGCCAGCGUGCUGACUGAUCGCGGCAGUGAUGUUGAACGCGUCAGAUCUUUGUUAGAACAUGGAGCCAACCCAGAAUUGUGCCAAGAUCGAAUCCUCGAUUUGAUAGCCUCCGGUUCGGAGGAGCUCAUCGAGACACUGCUGUUGUCGCCACUCCUCAACAAUGUUGAAUUAUUAAGUCAUGGCCUCCUCAUAGCUGCUUCCAGCAACUCCCUGCGGAAUACUUGUAUGUUACUUCUGAGAGGAGCAGAUGCGAACUUCAGCCAAGCCGGCGCCCUGAAAAAAGCUGUUUCCGCACAGAGUCUCGGGGUGGGACUAGCUAUCGUGAUAAUGGCCAAAGUCCCUGUCUCUUCAAACUAUCUGGAUGACGCGACUGGACUGAUAGGUUCCUGGAGCCAGGAAAACCAAGACCCUUUCCUGAAAAUACUUCUCUACGCUGGCGCCUCAGGACCUCGAACGAGCAAGACUGUGAUACCAUUCAUUGCAGGACAAGUACAUGACAUUGUCUCUAUCUUGAUCGACUGCCCUGCAUUUCGCCACGGUACCUUUCCUGCGCCAAAGUUGUUCCAGUUUGCUAUAGAAACUAGAAAUUCCAAUUUGGCUUCAGAGGUACUGCGUUCGAGCAAUAAUCGAUCAUCUGCAGAUUAUGUUAGUACUGGUACUCAUCUGCAGCUUGUCAAAGACUAUUCUACGCGUGCAGAAGAAACUCACAGUAUCAUUUCGGACCUUUUGACGUUAGGUGUCGGUGGAGAUUAUACUUCCCAAAUGCUUGUCGAGUGCUGUAAGCCGGAGCAGAUAAGGAGUCCUCACAUCAUGGCUUUAAUCGAUCUGCUCAUUCACUCGGGUGCUGCAAAAGCGACUUAUUCUGACGGUGCCGCUCUUCACUGGGCAAUCCAAGCAGCAAACCCUGCAAUUGUGGGUGAGCUUGUAGCAACGAAGCCGACAAAGAAAGCCCUCUCCUCUGCUGUUCAAUACACAAGCUCUUGCCUGGGGGACGAGAGCCCAGCAAAGCUGGAGAUAUGGUCCAUACUGCUUGAUGCUGGGGCUUCUGGACCGGCCGUGGACCAAGAGCUUGUCGUCGCCAUUGACAACAACCCACACGCCCAUGAAAAAGUGAGACUCCUGCUCAAGGGUGCUUCUCUGGACUACCUCGAGGGCAAGGCUAUCGCCAAGGCUGUACAGUUGGAGAGACUAGACCUCUUAGAGACGCUCCUCGCACAGAAAGCUCCUCAGUAUCUCACGUUCACAUCGGUCUGGAAACAAACACGAAAGAUGUUUGCGCUUGCUGGAAGUAAUGACGGAAUGUUACCAUACACUCUAGCUUACAUGCAAAGGGUCAUCGAGACAUUGUAUGACUCUUCAAAUGGCUCUGCUCCUCUCAAUGAGCUUUUGCUCGAUGCAACUCAAUGUACUUCAAAGGAAGCUGCCUUAGUUCUGAGCAAACUCUUCCUCCGUUGGGGAGCGUCCCCAGACCAUGCGCUGGGAUCUCCCUUGCAAGCUUGCAUCAAGCGAGCCGACACGAAAACACUUGCAGCAUUGCUCGCUGCUAAAACUUCCAAAACUUCUCUGAAGUACGGAUUGGUAGAAGCAUUGUCAUUGCGCGGAAACGAUCGCCAAGCAAUGCUCGAGAUACUUGUCGGUACCGGAUUAGAGAAGACCUCUUUGGAUGCCGCCUUGCCACAAGUUCUGAAGGAAGACCGCUACGAUGGCCCUACUGUUCAUCUACUCGUCGAAGCAGGUGCAACAUUACAUAGCUCUUUUGGCGAGAACUUGGUACCGCCUUCGGUGCAUCUUGAUCAGCAGGUUGUCGAGAAGCUUCUUCCGGCGGUUGGGAGAAACGACAGCCUUCUUGUGCCACUCAAAGCUGUACUCGGUUGUCAUACAGAUUGGCAAAGUCCGGAUGGGAAAAGCUUGUCAAUGGUGAAGUUACUUGUCAAGAAUUGUAGCAGAGGCACAUGGUCCGAUAGGUAUUUCAUUGCUGGGGUCAAGUCAGGAAAUCGGCAUUCUGCACAAAUAUUCGCAGACAACUUGUCAUCAGACGUCAUAUACUCUGUUGCACUGCACGAGCUUCUGGUAAGUAAUGGCACCGCACUCGACCGAAAGACCCUUUCAAUGACCCAAUAUCUUCUCCAAAAUGGAGCAAGAGGAAAGGUGAUUGAUGAGUUCUUUACACACGCCGCCCAGGCCCUCCGACAUGAAUGGGUCAGCGCAUUGUAUCCUUACCUCUCCGACCGCACGGUUGCUCUUUCCGCUUUCGACCUUGUUGUGAAUUGCAAGGGGCCAGAGACUGCUCUGGCUGGUAAUCGACUUGAGGUCGUGCAGUUCCUUCUCAAGCAAGGUCUUAAAGGCCCCGUCGUAGAUGACGCUUUUGUAAAAGUUGCCUCUGCUGCGGAUCUCAAGGCAAUGAACGAUUUCUCUCCAUUUGUUUCUUCGAAGGCCACAUUCUCAGAAUCCUUAAGCUUGCUUAGUCAACGACAAGAUCUUCUGACCUCGAGAGAGGGAUUAGCUGCUACCCAAAUUCUACUGGGCAAGGGCGCGUCUGACGUUUCGGUGGCAGGCGCAGCUAGAGCAGCAGCAAAAGCUCUGAGCUUGGCUGGUGUGAAGUUGAUCAUCGAAAAGUCUCGAAACAAUCCCACAACUCACGCUGCAUUCCAAGGGCUUAUGGAACAUGUACAACCACUGAGCUCUUCCAGUCUUCGAACUAUACUUUUCUAUCUGUUGGAGAACGGUUUAGCAAAGCAAGACUUGGAACAUGUCGCUCGUCUCGCGGCCGCCGCAUAUGAUGUCCCUGUGGUCAAAGCCUUAGCUAUACAAGAGAGCGCCUCACAUCUGUACGACAUCAUUUUCGAUGAAAUUGCUCUUGCACGGAACAGAUGGCUCACUCCGGAAGGUUUGCAAUUUGUCGAGUAUCUGCUGGGGAGAGGCGUGUCUGGGCCAGCAAUCUACAAGCUUGUCGAGGUAGCUUCAAAAGCCUUGCAUCUAUCAGCACUUCGAAUACUUUUACCUGCAUGUCAGGAGGGAGCACACAAAGGGAAAGGCGCUGAGAUGGCCUUCAAUUCCGUCGUGUCGGACGAGAAGAAGUGGACUUCCCCAGAAGGUUUGCAGGUUGUUAAGUUUCUUUUGGAGUCUGGGGCAAAGGGGGUUGCAGUUGAGAAAGCGGCAGCAUAUGCAGCAAAGACCUCAAAUUAUGACGCCUUGGAUGUGUUCCUCAAAGGCCCUGCUGCGGCUACAGCGAUUCCAGCUGCUUUCAAAGCUCUGACGCGGCACAAACCAGGACAACUCUCUUCAGAUCAGCUUACCAUCGCUUCCACCUUGGUCAAGGAAGGAGUUUCCACCGAGGUUCUGGCUAUCGCUGCUAUUGAGAUGGCAAAGCUUCUUGACAUUGAAGGGCUGAAGGUCUUAUCUGGCUCACCAAAUUUCCGCCAAGUCUCAGAUGAUGUGCUCCGAGCCAUGUUGCUGAGCGAAGACUUGUGGCGUGCCGCCGCCGGAGUUCGCAUCACGCAUUUUCUCCUUGAGAAGGGUAUCUCAACUAAAAUGGUCGAAGCGGUAGCUUUGAGAGCCGCUAGAGCGCUCGAUAUUGACGUGCUACGCAAUGUCCUGGAGUUCAACAGCUCUGUAACUGUGAUAGAAUCUGCUUUCACAUCUAUGACUGGCCUUGAGAAGAAAUGGUUAUGCCCGGAAGGGCUUCGAAUCGCAGAUUAUUUGCUACAGCGAGAGCCGUCUCAAGGAAGUAUCAAUAAAGCCUUCAUUCAAGCCAGUCAGUAUUUGAAUUCCGAUGCCAUACAGCUGUUACACCCUCAUGUAAAGGACGUUUCAGUUUUCAACGAGGCCCUCUACCGGGCCGUGAGUACAGAGUCAGAAUGGCUCUCUGAACUUCACCUUAUACAGCUUCUCCUUGAAUCCGGUGUUGAAGGAGAUGCACUCGAAUUUGCUUUCCUCAAAGGUGCGCAAGCUCUAGAUAUCGCUUCUCUAGAGUUGCUAGCCCCCAGGAUUGAUCGUCCGGAAGUGCACACCAAGGCAAUUGCGGCCGCGACCGAAGGCACGACCCGAUGGCUGCACUGCCUCAAUGUCAUCGAGUUUCUGCUCCAUCACGGUGCAAAUGGGGAGCCUAUUGAUAAGGCGUACAUAUCAGCAUCCAAAGCUCUCGACCUCCAAGCGGUCACACUUCUCAGACCCCAUGUUGCUGACAUAGAUACUCACAGCCAUGCAUUCCGCGCAGCAGUAUCAAAUGAGUCCUGGCUUUUGCCCAGCUCAUUUGAGCUGCUCCAGUUUCUUCACAGCGAUGGCGUGGCUAGUGAUGCUGUUGGAGUUGCUUUAGUCUCCGCUGCCGAAGCCAUUAACCCCCAAGUCGUUGAGCUUCUUUCACAGAAUGCUGACGAAAAAUGGAGUUCCCAAGCAUUUAUAGCAGCCACCCACGAUGUCGGGAAAUGGACAUCACCAGAAGGAUCAAAAACCAUACAAAUUCUUGCACAAAAGGGUGCUCGUGGUAACUCGGUGGAUGAAGCCUUGAUCAAUAGUGCGAGGCUAUUUCGACUUGAUCUUGUCACCGUAUUGGCCCCGAAUAUCGACAAGGAAAACUUUGGCUGCGUUUCACUCGCAUUUGAUGCCCUGCUUUCAAGCAAUGGCGGAGACUCAUCCAGCACGACCGACGCAUGGAUGUUCAAUCCAGAUGCAUUAAAUAUACUGCAGAUGCUUGUCAGUAUGGAAGCCCACGGGGAAUCUGCAAAUGAUGCCCUAGUAAGCGCCGCAACAUUGGGCAGCAUUGACGCUGUCGCUAUUCUUCUCCAAGUAGUAAAUGACCCUUCAAUCUACACCGAUGCCUUCAACGCUAUGACGGCUUCGGGAGAAUUGUGGCUUGACAACUACUACUUCAGCCUCGUUGAAGCCCUUCUCUCACGUGGAACUGCUGAUGAAGGUGUGCAUUCUGCUCUUGUCACCGCAAUUGGUUACGUGAUACAGGAUGUCGCUUCACAAGAACUGCUUGAGCUGCUUCUGAGCCACGAUGCGGACGUGAAUUUCGAUCACGGCAAAGCUCUCCAACUCGCUGCUGAAAAUGCACGAGAAGAUCUUCUCGAAAUGCUACUACCGAAAAAUCCAAGCUCGCACUCAAUCUAUAUGAGUUUGCAAACUGCAUUAAGGGUUGGUCACGAGGAGGAGAUAGUCUUUCAUUUUUUCAAGUCAGCCACUGAGAAUGAGUUUGUCCAAGAAAAACCGGAUGUCAACAACUAUUCAGACCUUGGUUAUCCAUUACUGUUUUAUUGUCUCAACAACUAUCCGGCGUCAGCCCGUCUAGCAAGAAAAAUAUGUGAGCUCAACGCGGACUUGUCAGCAACCCUUGAUUGGGACAUGUUCGAAAAUGAGUAUGACGAACCGCUUUCCGACGGUUUGACUCCUCUUUUGAUUGCUUUGGAGAAGGAUUGUUCAGACGAUGUGAUAGGCGUCCUGCUUGACCACGGAGCGGAAAUCAACUUUUCUACAGAGCAAUAUCAGGUCAGCCCGCUCAUGACUGCUGCAGGGAAAGGAAGACUAUCAGUAGUGUCAACUCUGAUCGACCGUGGUGCAAGUGUAAUCCAGAAAGACUCUCGCGACCGAACACCUUUGUGUCAUGCCGCUCGCAAUGGCGAUUUGUCAACCAUAAGGUCUAUACUGAAGAAGAAUCCCGCACGCAACGAUGGCAGUCUUCAUGAGGCAGCAAGGGAGCUUCACGCCGAUGCGGUCAAACUACUUGUCAAAGCCGGCCACGACAUACACUUUCCAUCGUCGAAGCAUGGGGGACGUAGUCCAUUGUGUGAACUAUGCCUUGUCUGCAGGAGGGCCUCUCAGGACCCCGUCGGCCUCCAGAGAACUCUCACUGAACUGGCUACUGCUAAAGCCGAUCCUCUGAGGAAGUCGCGUGGUAGAACGGCUCUCUUUAUGGCGAUGGAAAACGAAAACCCAAUCCCCGUUGUUACAGCCCUGAUCGAAGCAUGCUUGUGGAAGGAUCUGAAUGAUCCACAAAAUAUUUAUGAAGAAGGAGACUACUUCUACUCGCCCACAAUGUACAUCAAGAAAAGUAGAAUCCAACAACCUGAAGCCACUCAAAUGCAAUUACUGGAGAAGCUCCAAGACUUCAGUGCAACGGACAGGUACUAUGCCAAAGAGCGCAUGCAGCAGCCCAGAGAUGCUGUCGGAAUGCCACAGCGGUUACAGGAUUUGGACCACAAGAAAUGGAUACGAACAACUCGAAUCGAAGAGGAGGAGGAAGAUUUCGAACGCAAGCUCAAGAGAGCAGACCAAGAGGUGGCCAAUCGGCAGAUACUUAGUCAGAGACAACAUUUGAUGCUGAUGGAGCAGCGCGAAAACAUCGGACAGCAGCAGUCUAUGCAUACACUCGACACUCAUCUCCUCGGCAUGAAGCUGAAAGACAGAGAACACGGCAUAGGACUCAUGCACCAAGAAGAGCUCUACGACCGACGUUUGGGCGAGAUGGCAUCUGGAAAUGUGAUGAAGCUGAACAUUGAGACUGCACAACACCACGCAAAGUUUGGCAUGCAGCAACAAAGUCGGCAAGCCCAGUUACAGCACGAGGGUCUGACCCAAGAACAAAAGUUGAGCUACCUUGGUCAAGAACAAGGCAUGCGGUAUUCCAGUCUCGAAGCACAACAGGACCUCAGACUGGAGGGUAUGUCAAGCGAAGCGGAACUCAAACGGCAGCAGCAGCAAGAUGAGCUCAGGUACAGAGAAUCAAGGAGCGGCGUGGAUAGGGGUGAUCUCGACCACAGACUACAGCAUACCAAUCAGAUGAAUACUGGUAAAAUUCAGGCGAAUCGCGAACUAUCGGAUAUGGAGUACAAUUCAAGGCGAAACAAGAAUCUCCUCGAGGACGAGAACCGUCAGUCGCAAUUGCAACAUCAGUACGCGACCGACGAACGGAAAAUCAGCACCCAAGGCGCUCUGAACCAGCAUGAAUACGCUCGAAACCAAGACCAGAUCAACACACUCAGGAAUAAGGGUCAGAUCGAAAUUGGAACUCGUGCAGCAGUGGGCCAGAUUGAAACAGACACGAUGCAAAACAAGCUGCAGAUGACGCAACAAGAUCGCAGUCACAAGAUUGCCGCAGAACAGCAGCUGGGACAGGUCCAAAACCAGAACCUGGCAGAGAAAUUCCAGAUCACCCAGGAAGAUCGCCACAACCAGUUGGAAACAGAAAGCAGAAUGGGGCAGAUCAAAGUUCAAAACCUGCAAGGCCAACUUGGUACCAAGCUGCACUACCAGAAAGCUUCAAACCAGGAGAGGCUAGGCUUUCAGCGACAAUUUGACCAUCAAACAUUGCAGACUCUUCAGACCAAGGGAAAUAUUGAGAACAGCACUCUUGAAACUAAGGGCAAGAUUGAGAAUAGCACGGCAUAUCAGAGAGCGAACAUCAAUUUGGAGUACCAGCAGCGCAGUGGGAAUAUGAAGUUGGGGCAGCAGAGGGCAUCCAAAGCUAUCGAUUUGCAGGCUCAGCAAGCAAGUGGCAAUAUGAGGAUUGGGCAGACGAGGGCAACAGAGCAGAUUAAGGCUGCAGGCAACCGCUUCCGGCAUCAGGAUAAUUUGAAUUUUAAGCAGCUUGGUGGGUAAGAAAGUUUGUAGCUUGGACAGUUACGGCCUCGUUUACUUGUUUUGGUAUUGACUUGCUCUUGACUUCGUUUUACUUAGUUCACGAAUGGGAAUGACAUG